AUGGCAGCCGACACCCACCACAACAAUGCAUACAACUACGAUGACCACUAUAGCGCCCCAAUGGGCACUAACCACACAAUAACAGGCAGCAACUCACCAACAGCCAUCCACGCGGCAGGCAUGGACUAUCACCUAGGGCCCGAGCACCAUCCCAUCAGCUAUACAACCAAUGCCUGCAGGUCACCUAUCUUCCCCAAUGGCCGCCAUGUCGUACGUCCUGCUAGUCGCACUACAACUAGCGUUCAACCCAUACUUAUACUACUACCAAGGCAUGUAUCCCCCAACACAGCCACAAAACAACAACAGUCAAGGCAUAUUGGUGUUGGGGACGCACUUGCACAUCAUGGGACCAAUGGAAUCAAGCUCACAGUCAUAUUAAUUAGUGCAUGCAUACCCCACACAUGUAGUGUAUGUGCCACAAACGCCAGAAAACUACCAUGGGUACCAUUCCAAAUAUAG